GUAACAAACCCUAAAGAGUGAAAACCCUAUUUUCAUCGUUUUCUCACAUCUCUGCGUGUUUCUGUAGCGAUGGAGACUGCUAGAACGGUGAAGGAUGUUUCGCCUCACGAGUUCGUGAAGGCAUACGCCGCUCAUCUCAAACGAUCGGGGAAGAUGGAGCUUCCUCACUGGACUGAUAUUGUGAAGACUGCUACCUUCAAGGAGCUUGCACCAUAUGACCCAGAUUGGUACUAUAUUAGAGCUGCUUCCAUGGCAAGAAAAAUCUACUUGAGGCAGGGUAUUGGUGUUGGUGGCUUUAGAAAGAUUUAUGGUGGCAGUAAGAGGAAUGGCAGUCGCCCUCCCCACUUUUGCAAGAGCAGUGGUUCUAUUGCACGUCAUGUUCUUCAACAGUUGCAGAAGAUGAAUAUAGUUGACAUUGAUCCAAAGGGUGGAAGGCGAAUCACCUCGAGCGGGCAGAGAGACCUGGACCAAGUUGCGGGAAGAAUAGUUGUUGCUCACUGAGUCACUAUUGAACUGCACAUAUGGUAUUUUGCUUUUGAGAUUUUGUAGGGCUUUGUUUUUGUUUGGCAAACGGAUGUAGCUGCAACUAUUUGUUAAGACACUUUGUUUUGGUUCAGAUGCCGAGUGGUUGAAAGUUGAAACUUGGAAGAUGCAAUUUGGUUUUAUUUUGUUAUUUAGUUAUUGACAUCUGGACAAUGAGUUUCAAAAGGGAUCAAGUAUCAUAUUUAGCUGGAAUUUGGAUUCAUUAUA